CAUUGGGCUGUAGUGCUUUCCUAAGAUAACUUCUGCAAGAGGUCAUUUCAGGGAGUUUACAUAGCAAAAGAAAGCAGACAAGGGCCAGAGAAACAUGCAAAGACUGACUUCAGGGAUUUCCGGUAGGUUUAGAGUGACAUGCACUGUGGACAACUUCAGAAGACCCUCCGGUCAAGUGCAAAGGUUCUGCAGAAUUGCCAAACAGCACUGAUGAGGCCUCUAGGCCAUAUGUGUAAUAUUUCCUUAUGUCUUUGCCCCUUUCCUUGAAAGAUAAGUUAAAGAAGCAGCAGUAAUUAGAGAGAAAAAAUAUUUGAGCAGAUUAUUCUUGAUGCAUUUCUGCCUUAACUCAAUUGUUAAUUGUUAAUUGUUCUGGAAACAUUUAUUUGCAAGCAAACUCCUGCUGUGGCCACCAUGCUGUUGAGUUCUUUGGACCCUAUCCACAAUGUUUUGUAAGUUGCAUCUUUUCAUAAUGAAAUUUAACACUGCUUCAAAAUAGUUAGUCUCUCUUUCUUUCUUCAUACCUGAAUGAUCAUUACCUGAAUGAAAUUUCCAGAUCAGCAACUACAAUACACUAUGUUUUCAUCUUAUUCUUUGUAUAUCACCUGGUGUGCCACUAUAAUUUAUUCUUGUAGAAUGUUUUCUUAUAGAUGCCUGCAGAUUUAUUUAUUUUUAAGGGUUUUUAAAUUCAUACUCAAAGAGAAUUUUGAUAAAAAUCCCUUAGGGAUGCAAAAUGAAGGUAAAAGUUGGAUCUCAUAAAUAAAAGCAGAUAAUCAUGAAUUUACAUGGCUUUUUCCCAUAGGAUUUCUGUGUGUGUGUGUGUGUGUGUGUGUGUGUGUGAUAUCAAAUAAAAGCUUCUUUUGAUGUCUAUACACUACACAGUAAAAAUCAGAGAUCACUUGGAACAUCAUCAUGGCACAGAAAAGUGGAUUCAAGACAUGGACCUUUAUGAUUUUUAUACAGACACAAUGGGGUGAGAUACAUUUGUGAACUUGUCCAGAACAGAGCUAUGGAAUCAGUUAUUGUCCCAACUUACAGCUGACAUACUGACCAUGCCUCUACCUAGAGACAGCUUCAAGAACCUUCAGGUCAAGAUGGGACUCUCAGGGGGUUCUUGACAUGCUGUGUUUUUGUAAGUUCUUUGCAUGUAUGCAUGCACUUGUCAGAGAAGGGAAAUUGUUGUAGUAUACAGUUAGUGACUCACAUUUGCGUGCAUGAAACAGUUAACUUGAGGGUCCCAGUGAGGGUGGAGCUUAGUAGGCUCCCUAUUUUUCUCUCCUUCCCAUUUUCUUUUUCUUUAUCUUCCUGCUUUCCCGAAUAAACAAGAAGCCAUGUGACUGUAGCUCCCAACCGCAUGAAAAAACCAAGUGAACUGAAUCUCUCGAAAAGGGAGAUUUUACAGGCUGCAACUUUGCUAACCAAGGUUGCACUAUCCUUUUUUGUAAGGAAAGCAAGUCUUUUUCUUUUUAAGUAGUUUGAAACCAUUUUUCUUUGCUUUACUGCCAGUGGAUUGAGACUUGUUUGCGGUAACCUCUGUGUGAGUAAAAUAUUCACCUGUUUGCAAAGCCAAGUGUCUAUGAUUUAUUCUAGUUUAAGUAUUUUCAUGGGGAACAUUUGUUUAAAGGUGGAUGAGAGCAGAUGUAAAAUCUUAGUGUGCUUGAAGCAAUUACCAUUGCGUUUAACUCUGCUAUGAGAGAUAAGGAAUCUUUCUUCCAAAUCUCUCUCUCUACAAAACAAAUCCUCCAUCAAUUCACUGUGGUUGCAGAGGUGACAUGAUUUGAUGAUGAUUUUGAAGGGAUCCCUUGUUAAAAUAAAGAGAAUCCCAAAGGAUCUGUGCCGCAGAUUCAUGUUUUUCUUUUGGCAGUGCUGUGACCUGUGAUCUGAUUGGUAGGUGGGGAGGGCAGAGUAGUGAAAAAAUAUGUCCUUUUGAUCCUUAUCUGUUCUACUGAAUCUGAUUCUAGGACUGACAAACUCCCCCACCCCUUUUCUUGCACAGGAAGUUUUACUAGGUCCAGAGCUUUAAAUAUGUGCUUGAAACAGAUAUUCAGCUCUGCUUAAAAAGCAAAUGGUGUACAUUUCUAAUUCAGAACUGUGUGAUUAAGUCAUAGUACUGGCAUCCAAUAAGGAAAAUGGCUUAAAAUGUGUUGGGGGAGUUAUUGGGUUGUUGUUUUUAUUUUGAUUAUAUAUUUUGUGGUUUUAUAUUCUGAUGUUAUUCUGUGAACCACCCUGAGACCUGCGGGUAUAGGGCGGUAAAAUAAAUAAAUAAAUAAAUAAAUAACUAAAUAAAUAUUUAAAAGCAGAGUCUAAGUACCUGCUUGAACAGGAUAACUUAUGCUGCUGACCCCAGACAGCACUGAAACACUGAAACUGUGUCAGUGCCUCAUGCUACUUACUGCUGUUCUUUAUGCUUUAGGAAUAAUCAGCUUUUUGUUUACUGAAAGUGGCAUCUCUACCUUUUUGAACAAGCACACCCUAACACUAAAUCUAAUCAAAACCUGUUUUUAGCUCAGUUAUUCAGAAGCAGCAAUUAAUUAUUCUAAGUAGGCAUAAUAAAUUUCUGCUGUGUUUGCUUAAGUGGAAAAGAAAGGGCAAAAGAAAUGAGAUAGCAAAGAGGCAUAGGGUAAAGCUGAGUUUUCAUAAUUGCCUGAAGCUUGCAUACAGUGGUGAAGCUGAUUUUUCAUGUAUAAAGUGUUUCAAGACGGCCGUUAUUGUGGAUGGGCGUUAUUUUUUGCAGCCUCUACAUGAUGUUGUCAUAAAAAUGCCAGCCCAUUUUCUACACACAAGCACCAUUUAAUGAGCAGUAUUAUUAUUUUUUAAAAAAAAUCCGGUAAGUUAAAAAAAAAAACUUGUUGAGAACAAUCCAUUUACAAUAUUGAGCUCCUACCUGGAAGUACCCAUAGGCUACCCACAGUUGUUGCCUGCAGUGGUGGACAGAAUUUAUCCUGAGAAUCUCUACCUUCUUUGAAUAUUUACUGAAAUGUCUGUAGACAGAGAUGUGACUGAGUAAUAUUUCUGGUGGGUGCUUUUAGUGUGCCCCCAGACUGGUAAAACUAGAAUAAAUUAUGCAAAAUGGCAUAUGCAUCAUUCAGUUUUUGUUGGUGCAGAAUUUGAAUUGGCUGGGUGCCAAUUUUUAUUUUCUAUUUUUGGUCUCAGAAUACACAUAUCCCUAUCAUUAGGAAUAGUCAGCAAUUUUGUAUUCGGGAAACCUGUCAUGUAAGCAGAGCAGUUGUUCUUAUUGCAAUUAUAUCCUCCCUUUUUCUCCAAGGACCUAAAAGGUUCUUGGUCCCCCCAUUUUAUCCUAACAACAACACUGUGAGGUCAGCUAGGUUGAGAGACAGACUGGCCCAGAGUCACCUGGUGAGUUUCAUGGUCAAGUGAGGGAUUUGAAUACUGGUCUCUCCCAGGCCUUAGUCUAACACACUAAGCACUGCAACACAGAGGGUGAUGCAAUCUGGACAAUGCUCCAUUCGCACCUACCCACCAUCUUUAAUUCCCUACAGUGCCUCUGAACUUCCACUGAAAUGUGGAAUCAUUAUGUGAUUUGAGUUUAAUUUAUCUGUUGUCUUCUCGUGUUCUUUUUAUUUAUUUAUUUCAUAAAAUUUAUACACCUCUUGAUGGUAUUCCCUCAACUUCCUAAGCAUCUGGGUAGGCUUGUCUGAAGAAAAAUGUUUUUAGCAGGCUCAGAAAAGAAUGGUUUUAUAUGUAACAUUUUUGUGGAUAAAUAUAUGGAGAAAGCAUUUGUCUGAGCCUCAUUGUUUACAAUAAAAUAAUUUUAUUAUUUGUACCUCACCCAUCUUACUGGUUGGCCCCAGCCACUCUGGGCAGCUUCCAACAAAUAUAAAAGCGUAAUAAAACAUCAAACAUUAAAAAUUUCCCUAAACAGGGCUGCCUUCUAAAAGUCAGAUAGUUGUUUAUUCCCUUGACAUCUGAUGGAGGGCGUUCCACAGGGUGGGCACCAAGAAGGCCCUCUGCCUGGUUCCCUGUCCUCCUUCUCACUUAUCUGUGUUUUGUGUUUGUGUUUAGGUGUUUGACAGAGUCAGAAAAGUGUGGCCAAACUUCUAUGAGAAGAUUAAACCAAUCAAUGCUGAACUUACCCAGCCAAAUCUGGCCAUUGCUCCUGAGGAUGCUCAGGAGCUCCUCUCCGAAGUUAACAUUGUCUUCCAUUGUGCUGCAACAAUUCGCUUUGAUGAGCCACUGAGGUAUGUUAUGCUUGCUUUUCCUUUGUGUUUCUUACCCCAGUCCUAAUCAGGUUUACUUAGAAGUAAAACUACUGAGCUCAAUGGGACACUUUCCUAGUAAGUGUGACUUCAGUAGUAUGGUGAAUUUCACUUUGAAAAGAGUUACAAGAGUACAUACAUUCACUUAGGAAUUAUCCACACUUACAUUUUGUUGUGCUUUAAAACUCCAGGUCUGAGUUUCUUCUCUCUUUUUUGUCCCAAGCUUUCCCUUUGAAAACUCGUUCUUUAAAACUGAAUCAGAGCAAACAUCAGUUUGGGAGUUCUGCACUCAGACACUGAACUUUAAAGGGUGGACAGUGCUUGGUCAUAGCAAACACUCCUGAUCUUCUGUAUCAAGAAAAUCACCCCUUCCUUCCUUUCUUCCUUCCGGGAACAAUGAGUUGCAAUAAAUAAAAAUAGCCACACAUUACAAAUAGCAACAUAAGGAAUUCCUGCUCAGUUAUAAACAUGCACUUAUAGUCAGUAGUCCACAGAUUUUUAAAAAAAUAUCUGAACAGUUUUCCAUCGAGAAGGAAAGGGAAAGUACAUGUUUUCAUUCUGUUAGCUUUUCAUCCAAACUUUUCACUAAGCAUUCUCAAUGAACUGAUAUCACAGUACUUUAGAUCAUGAGGUACAAAGACAAUUCCAACUUUGCACCUGACCCAAAGCAGUGUUUCUUUGGGGGAGUCUUGAGCAGACAACCUUUUAUGUAAGACCAUGUUGCCCAAUGUUUGAUUUGCAGCAUCUCCUCUCUAGCUCAAAAGAGGUACCACCCUGCUCUGAUAGCUGAGAUCCUUCGAUAAGGUGGCAUGGAUGAACCCAGGGUGUUCUGCAGACAAGGUUGUAGAAUACCACAGAGAUAUAGGCACAUCCUAAGUUACAAGAAAAGGAGCAGCACCAGUGACUUCCAGAUCUCACCCAAGAUCCAGAAACAUGGAAGGAAGUGCGGGCUGCAUCACUUACUUUUCUUCAUGUUCCCCUUAAACAUCUGAAGUAGCUCUAUUAAUGCUUACUUAGAUGGUCAUGCCAACAGGACUUCUUAAUAACCUUUUAAUGCUUUCUUAACCAGGCAAGCCCUUCUGUUAAACGUCAUGGGAACAAAGCAACUCCUGAAGUUGGCCCACCAGAUGCAGAACCUCAAGGCCUUCAUCCACCUUUCAACUGCCUAUGCAUACUGUAAUCGGAGUUACAUAGAUGAAGUCAUUUAUCCUCCUCCUAUGGAUCCCCAGAAACUUUUUGAUCUUGUAGAGUAAGUGAUGGAAAUAAACUUCUCUCCUGCUGAUGUAAACAUGAUUUUGGAACACUAAGUGCUUCUUCCUAGGCACAUGGAAGCCACUCUGUUGUGGUGCUAUCCCACCUACCAGUUGUGCAGGCUUCAUCACCUCCCUCCCUCCGUGAUUAAGUGGGAAAGCUUUCCCAAAAAGAUAAUCAACGUGCAAAUCACCAACUACCUUGAUCACUUUCCAAGCUGAUAUUUGCCAAAGAAUGUAAAUGUAGAGAUGAGGAAACUAUGAACAUAAGGAGAGGCCUGCUGGAUCAGGCCAAUGACCCAUCUGUUUCCAAGCUGGUCACAGGGAAACAGGAAACAUUUGUGGGCAGCAUGGCGAGUUCUUAGCCCUCCCCCCCCCAGCACCUCCCCCCACAACUCCUUCAGUCUAUUUCCCCAGUUAACUUCAAGACAGGCAAGAGGCUCAGCAGGAGGCCAGGGGGAAUGGCCAGCAAGAGAGGUGAGUUAAGGAGCUCUGCUGCCCACACCACAUCUCUCCUCCGAAGCUCCCCUAUCACUGUAUUCAUCAAGUAUGGGGUUGGGAAUCCAUCUUUAUGAGCAUUUGCAGUUCUCUUACAAAAAGUAUUUUAAGUGUAACACCAAGAAGCAGCUUUCUGGUGUGAAUGUGAACUUCUGCAUUGCCUGCCAUUCUGCUUGGAGACAUUCUGCCUGCUUUGCCAGGGUAUGCCAGGCUACCUUUAUGUCCUGUGCUGCUCUUUUGCCUCAGCAUACCCUUUAAAGCUGGUUGUCCUGAGCAUUAGAUUAAGAAAAACCUCUUUGGAUAUGGCAGAUUACUUGUUACCCUGGCUGCUCUGAGGCCCUCAGAUGUUGUGACUUCUGAUUUGCAGAGAUUAAUUGUCGCACUUCAUUAACAAGGAAGCCAGCAAAGGGGAACAUGGCUGCCUUUAAAUAAAAUUGUAUCCACAUCAGGAGUUAAUGCUGAAUUCUAUAUUAAAAGGAACUAGAGAAAAAUGUUUGCAUCCAAGCCGUCUAGCUUUCUUGGUUGUAGACUGUCAAUAAUAUAAGUUCAAGUAAUAAUUAGGGUUGUUACCUUUUUAGAGGCCCUGUCCCUGCCUGUGCCAUUUUAUUUUCCUGGCUUGGUAUAAAAAGUGAUGUGGAAAGAUUUGUUUCCUUUCUGUGGCGGGGGUGGGGGGGAGCGCUAAGCAGGGAAGAGGGAGAUUGGAUUUAGUAGGUAAGGUGGCCAGAUACAAGAAGGAAAAAGACUCUGUACGUUUAAUAUUGCAUAGAAGAGGAAAUUUCAGUAGCUGCUACACAGGGCUGUAUCUUUUCAAAUUCUUUUUUCUGUACCAGAGGUUUUCAACCUUUUUGAGUCCACUGCUCCCUUGACCAACUACAUUCUUCCUGUGCCUCCCCUGUGGGAUACCUGGUAAAAACUUGUGUUGUUUCAUCAUUUAGCAGUUUGGCCUUUAAAUAAAAAAGAUUUAAAAUUUAAGCAGCAGAGCUUUGAAUAGGCUUUUAAAAAUAUGGCCCAUCCAUUCCCCUACUAAAUGCUGUUUUUGUAAGUUUGUAAGACUAGACCCAUCUUUCCCCCUCCUGUUAGUUGCAACCCUCACUCUGCUUCCCCCGCCACAAAUUCCUCUCUCUACCUUCCCAUGUCAUCAUUUAUAAUCUCCCAGACCAAACAAAAGGGUCUCCAUCUUGGAUGGAUUCAAGUUACAAGAAAGGAGAUUCUGACUAAACAUCAGGAAGAACUUUCUGACAGUAAGAGCUGUUUGACUUCUAUGAGAAGUGGUGGAAUCUCCUUCCUUGGAGGUUUUGAAGCAGAGGUUGGACAGCCAUUUGUCUUGGAUGUUACAUUUAAGAUCCUUGCAGUUUAGGAGGCUGGACUGGAUGACCCUUGAGGUCAGGGGUGCCAGCUUGAAUUGGGGGCCCCAGGUAAGCCCCAUGCCACAUAAUCACAUGAUGCAUGCACACCAUUUGAAACCCAACCCAUUAAUAAUAAUAAUAAUAAUAAUAAUAAUAAUAAUAAUUUGAAUGGCAAUGGCCAUCAACUGGGGGGUGCCCCCUCUAAUGUUUUAUUGGGGGUGAAGACCUCAUGGCCACUAAGAGUUGGCUCCUAAGUUGGCUCCUAUGCUUGAGGUUUCUUCCAAAUCUACAAUUCUACAAUUCCUUUUCUAGUGGGGGGGGGGGAGGCAUGCAGCAGGAAAAGACUCCUACUCCUGCCUUCUUCCAAUGUUCCUUUAAAUGUGUAUGUGGGAGGGGGGAUUCUGAGCUUGUUUUGUUCUUGUUUUUAUUUUUAUUUUUAUCAUGCAUUUUGUAUUUGUAUUUUUUAUUUUAGCCUGUGAACUGCCCUGAGAUCUACGGAUGAAGGGUGGUAUACAAAUUUAAUGAAUAAUAGUAAGAAUAAUAAUAGUAAUAAUAAAAAUAAUAUCUUGACCUGCAAUGGGGAGUGCUGAAAUCUAGUCCAUCUUAUUUUGAUGGCUGUUCUACAAAUCUAAUUCCCCUUUUCCUCCUUUGCAUCGUUUCUUUUCAUGGCUAUAUUUCAAUGGGUGGUUGUUGUUUUUUUAUUAUCCUGUUAGGGGGAUGGAUGAGUCCCUCAUUCAAGAGAUCACACCCAAACUGAUUGGGGAUUGGCCCAACACCUACACAUUCACCAAAUCCUUGACAGAGUACGUAAUUCAGCAAGAGAAAGGUAACCUAAAUACUGCCAUCAUUCGACCAUCCAUCGUGUGCUGCAGCUGGCAAGAACCUUUUCCCGUAAGCAUGACUGCUCUUCCAUUUCUGUUGAGUACUCUGAAAAUUCCCACUGCAGCUGUUGCUUUGCUCCCAGCAUUUUGUCUCUCUGGACUGUCCUUGGACUGUCUUGCUUCUUGGCAAUGAGGGGAGGAAGGAAGGAGAACCGUAUGGAUCCUGGACCAUGGAUUUCUUCUCCAUACCCCUUUGGGGAAAUUCAUUCCCAAUUUUGUGUGGGAAUGAAUGCAUCCUGCGGUGAAUAAAUAACAACUUUUCAUUACUCGUUUAUAAAGCACCUACAACUAAUACUGUGAUUUAAGUCUUGAGGUUAUUCCCUAACACUAUGCUUAUUUGUACUUAUUCCUAUCAUGCUUUUUGUAUUACUGCUGUUUACUUAGAAUGUGGUGAACUGCUUUGGGCAGAAUCUUUUGGGCAAGUGGUGAUUGCUAACAUAAGCAGAUGAGGAUGGCUUUUCACAGUGCUUUUUCUGGGGUGCUCAAAGGUACCAACACCUUUUGUCCUCCAAAGGUUAAAAGUGUGGCACUUCAUGUACCAGCACCUUUUCUUCUAAAAAACCAAAAAAACUAGUUGUGGUUUUUUUAGUGAAUUGGAUUUAGGUGGUGGAUUGAUGAGUGCCUAAGUCACGUAGUCAUCUUAUCCCAGCAUUGCCACAACCAUCCUUUUUUUAGAGAGAGAGAAUUUGGAGACAAUUUGAAAGAGGGAUGUGUCCACUCAUUCCACUUUUGCUUCUGGUAAAUGAAUUUGGAAUAUUUUUGUAUUUCUAAAAUCUACAAAACCUAUUUGACCAGUAGCUUGCUUAGACAAAAUAUGUGAAUGUCACAGAACACAAAACCUCUCCAAAACCAUUUUCAACACUCUUUAAAAAGUCGUCUAUGACCAUGUUUAUUUUUUUACCAUAUUUUUAACCCACUUUUGUUUUCUGACUCACAUCAAUAAAAACCAUCAAUCUCAGGCAGAAAAAAUGUGCACUAGGCUUCAGAUUCACAGACUGGAAUAUGGGAAAUGUGCUAUGCAUAAUCUCAACUCCCCCCCCCCCCCAUAAUAGAAACUCAAAAUUUCCCUCUCCAUAAUUGCUUUCCCUUAUUUUUUUUCUUUUCAGGGGUGGAUUGAUCAGUUCAAUGGACCAUGCAUUUUCUUGAUUGCGGUAUGUGUCACCUAGUAGAACUCUUAGGUUCCUGAGAUGCUGGACCAGGGCCUCAGUAAUAUGCAACCUCAUAUGUAACCUCUGAUAAUUAGUACUUAAUGUCCUUAAGAAACAGAAGAAACAAACUCCUUGCAGGUGGAGUUUGUUAGAUACUUUGAACAAACAAUGAAGCAGCAACUAUUGGUGCAAAUUACUAUUAGUAAUAGUAGUAAAAUUCACUACUAAGUAGUAGUAGCAAAAUUUAUAUACAGGGGAGGUCUUUGUAGCCUCUCUUAUUUUCAGUUGAAGACAGGCCAGAAAGCAAGCCUUGCCUGUUGCCAGUUAUUCCCCUUUAAAUUGGUUGAUUGAUUGGUUUUUGCUGCUUGGGAAAGCAGUGGCAAGAAUGAGGAGAGGGUGGCCAUACUUCAUGUGGGCCUUUUUUGCUUUCCUCAAGAAUAUGCGCCCACUGUGUGGGCGCACAGUUCCUUUGCAUGUACUCAUGGAUGAUUUGGAAAACCAAAACAAAAUCAGAAUGAUUGGCAAAGAUAAUUUGCCCAUAACUAUCACCUUUCAAGUGAUGAAAGUAGUUCUCCAUUUUACUGAAAUCUCGAUCCAAUUUCAGGUGCAUUGUCUCUAGGCAAUGAAAUUAUACCACAAAAUUUGCUAACUAGCCCCUUCUCCAUCCCACAGACUGGAAAGGGGAUUGCACGGAUUGUAAAAUGCAACAAAGAUGCAGUUGCAGAUAUCAUUCCUGUAGAUAUUGCCAUCAAUUUGAUCCUUGCUGCUGGAUGGUACACUGCAGUUCAGAGGUAGGACUGGUGUUUUGUGAUGGACUUACAUGGACAAAUAGGUUACUGAGAUUCCCCUUCUUUCUUUAUCUCUUCUUUCUUGUAUUUCUUUUUCUUUUUUUGGAUUUGGUCUCUUAUAUGAUCUUUGAUUUUGGAUGGCUCUCGAUUAGUACUAACUAGAUGUAUAUGUCUUAACAACUAAACAAUUAUAUUUUGAAAGAUGAAGACGUGUACAGAGAGCUGACAGAGAGAAAAGUAAGGGGCCUGUAUGAAAGAGGUUUUCUCAGGGUGUGAAACGGAGGAAGAGGAAGCUCUCCCAGGUGGGAGGUGGGAGGAUUCAACUCUCUGUAUGGGUGAAGAUCAAGAUAAAAGGGUGGCCGAGGGCUAUAUUUAAACUUUUGUGUCUUCUGAAUAUCCUAUGAGGUUUAUUAAUGUGCUGUAUUUUCUUUUUCUCAUUAGUUCUUUCUGUCUGAUUUUCUAUUAUUCUAUUAUUUUCUAUCAUUCUGAUGUUUUCUAAUAUUCCCUUUAUUUUACUUGGAAUUUUAUGGUUUAUUAGGUUGAAAACCUUUAAUAAAAUAGUUGUUUUUUUAAAGGACUGAUGUUAUGAAUAUGCAUUCUAGUUUCUACCUUCCCUUGUGAGGUAGAAAUGCUGAGAUAUGCAUUUUGUGUAGCUAGAUCACUUAUGGAAUCACCACCACCACAUUUGAAUAUGAACAUGUGCAAAUUCAAACUUCUCAUUCAUUCAUUCAGUCAUUUUUAAAUAUAUAUCUCAGCCUUCCUGCCAGAGGAGUCCAGGGCGGUCAACACAUCAGCCUUUAAACAGUACAAUGCAAAUAAAAUGACAUCAUACCCAAAAAAAAAGCAAGCGAAAGAAUUACAAAAUUUAAAGGGGAAGAAGAGAGACCUAAUCAGCUGUUCUUUAGCACUGGGCAGAAUAGUCAUUGUGGGAUGAGAUCUGCAAAUAAAGCCUCAUUACUCAGAGCCAGGUUUCUAAUUUGAGACAUUUAUUAGAUUAUUCAAGAGUAAAAUGUGUGAGAAAUACUCGGUUGCACAGAAAUAAAAAAGGAGCAAUAUUUUCUGUCUAGUCCACCCGCAGGCCACACACAUGAGUCAUGGCUCAUGCCCUUCAUUGCUUUUGCCUGGGUGGAAAGUGUCUUUGAAUUGCAAUUAUGCUUCUUGGUCACUUGGAUGGAGGGUGUGUGUGUGUAGAAACCUCUGGUUUUACUACAUUUUAAGCUAUUGUACCAAAGUAAGAGCCAUGUCCAUUGCCUCAGGUGUGGGAUGGCAUCAACCCCAGCACAGAUGUGCAACAUGACUAAUUUCUGCAUGAGUCACUGCUCUGGGCUGGGCUCCUCCUAAGCUGCAAGAUUGGAGAUUUAUACAGAAGUGCAUGGGUAUUUGCUUUUUAAAAGUAAACCUUUGGGAUGUAAAAGUUCCUCUAAUUUUAAACAUCCCUUUUUAAUUCAGGAAAGAAGCAUGACUACUCAGCUGUUAGAAAUUUAGGAAAUUUAGAAUGAUAGCCAUUCUAAACAAAACAAUACUGUGUUUUGUUUUAUUUCUCCAUUUCAUUCUUUCCCUCCUUGCUUAUUUUUCAGGCCCAAGUCACUGUUGGUAUACAAUUGUAUAACAAGUAACAUCAACCCAUUUUCCUGGGGAGAAAUACGUAAGUUUAUUUUUAAAAGUGCAAGGUGGAUUCCAUGAAAAUCACAGGUUUCAGACAUGGCACAUAUUUGGUGGAUUCUGCCAAUGCAAUCCUGAAAGCUUGCCCUGGUACAUCCACAGAUAAAGGCUGUGAAUUAUCAGGGUAAUUAUUAAUUACCCUGAUAAACCCUGUGGCCUUCUGCCUUCUAUUAAAUUAAAAGCAAAAAACCCCAAUGUUUUGGCAACUUGAAAUUUUAUUUUGUGCUACAUUUCUUGUUCCAUUGACUCCAGAACACUCACCUACAGCACAGUCACAAACCAGUGGUGAGAGAGCAUAUAAAGUCCAAAAUAUAUUAUGGGUUCCCAUUACCAUAGGGGCAGGUGAUAUUAUCUGGUCCUGCAUCCAUUCCCCUCAUUUUGUAAGCAGUUCACACCAGUGAUACCAAACAAGCCAAGCCCAACUGUCACUGGAAGGACUCUCCUGAGGCAGUGGUGGGAUGGUGUCAUGACCCCCUUCUUAGAGAACAAGGCAAUGACUUUGGAGGAAGCAUCAGAAGGCGAAAGGGAAUUGCCCUCAGAGCUUGCCUUGGAAGACCCUCGUGCUCUGAAACAUCAGAUACAGAAAGAGUCCAUUCUGCCAGCACCUCUGUGGCCUGAGGAGGUUGUAUUGCUGACCUUUGGUUCUUGAGGGCUCCAGUGCAGAAGCUCCAAUGUAGCCACUGACUGUUAAAUUGACCAAUUCUAUGAAGACUUACAACACCUUCUAGAAAUGACACCAAAGGAGGAUGUUCUUCUCAUAGGGGAUUGGAAUGCUAAAGUACGGAGUCAAGAGAUAAAAGGAACAACUGGUAAGUUUGGCCUUGGAGUUCAAAAUGAAGCAGGACAAAGGCUAAUAGAGUUUUGUCAAGAAAACAAGCUGGUCAUCACAAACAUUCUUUUCCAACAACACAAGAGCAUCAAAAUCAGAUUGAUUAUACUCUCUGCAGCCAAAGACGGAGAAGCUCUAUGCAGUCAGCAAAAACAAGACCUGGAGCUGUCUGUGGCUUAGAUCAUCAGCUUCUUAUAUUCAAGCUUAAACUGAAGAAAGUAGGGAAAACUACUGGGCCAGUAAGCUACAAUCUAAAUCAAAUCACAGUAGAAGUGAGGAACAGUUUUAAGGAUUUAGAUUUGGUGGACUGAAGAACUAUGGAUGGAGGCUUAUAACUAUACAGGAGGCAGCAACGAAAACCAUCCCAAUGAAAAGGAAAUGCAAGAAAGCAAAGUGGCUGUCCAAUGAGGCCUUACAAAUAGCAGGGGAAAGAAUACAAGCAAAAUGCAAGGGAGAUAGUGAAAGAUACAGUAAACUGAAUGCAGAUUUCUAAAGAAUAUCAAGGAGAGACAAAAGGGCUUGUUUAACAAGCAAUGCAAAGAAAUAUAGGAAAACAUUUCUCUUGAACAUUUUCUGUUCAAGAAAAUUGGAGAAAGGAACAUUUCGUGCAAAGGACAAAAGUGGUAAGGACCUAACAGAAGCAGAAGACAUCAAGAAGAGGUGGAAUUAUACCAGAAAGAUAUGGAUGUCUUGUACACCCCAGGUAGUGUGGUUGCUGACCAGACAUCCUGGAAAGUGAAGUUAAAUGGGUCAUAGAAAGCACUGCUAAUAACAAGGCCAGUGGAACUGAUGACAGCUGAACUAUUUAAAAUUUUAAACGAUGAUGCUGUUAAGGUGCUACACUCAAUAUGCCAGCAAGUUUGGAAAACUCAGCAGUGGCUAGAAGAUUGGAGAAGAUCAGUCUGCAUCCCAAUCCCAAAGAAUGCUCCAACUACUGCACAAUUGUGCUCAUUUCACACGUUAGCAAGGUUAUGCUUAAAAUUCUACAAGCGGUAUGUGGACCGAGAACUCCCAGAAGUGCAAGUUGGAUUUCAAAGGGGCAGAGGAACCAGGGACCAAUUGCAAACAUGCGCUGGAUUAUGGAGAAAGCUAGAGAAAAACAUCUACUUCUGCUUCAUGACUGUGUCAACCACAGCAAACUAUGGCAAGUUCUUAAAGAAAUGGGACUGCCAUCUGUCUCCUGAGAAAUCUCUAUGUGGGACAAGAAGCUACAGUUAGAACUGGAUAUGGAACAACUGAUUGGUUCAAAAUUGGGAAAGGAGUACGACAAGGCUGUAUAUUGUCUCCCUGCUUAUUUAACAUAUGCAGAAUUCAUCAUGCGAAAGGCUGGACUGUAUGAAUCCCAAACCGGAAUUAAGAUUGCCAGAAGAAAUAUCAACAACCUCAGAUAUGCAGAUGACGCAUCUUUGAUGGCAGAAAGUGAGGAGGAAUUAAAGAACCUCUUAAUGAGGGUGAAAGAGCAAAAUAUGGUCUGAAGCUCAACAUCAAAAAAACGAAGAUUGGUCCCACUGGUCCCACUGGUCCCAUCACCUCUUGGCAAAUAGAAGGAGAAGAAAUUGAGGCAGUGAGAGAUUUUACUUUCUUUCUUUUUUUUUUAAUGAUUUUUAUUAAGAUUUCAGUAAAAGAUUAAACAGAAAAACAUAGAAAAGAAAUACACAAAUACACAGUACAUAAUCCAAAGAAGAAUAAAAAACACAGAGAACAAAAAAAACAAAAAAAGAACAAUUAAAAACAAUAUCACCUUUUCAUUUCCGUUUUUAAAUUUACUUAUUUUCUGGACCUCCUCAUACCUCCCUCUUUUGUAUUCCAGUCCAAAUUGUUUGUCCAGCAAUUUCUUUUCCACUUUUUUAAUCCCAAUCUUUAAUCUUAAUAUAAUAUAGCAUUAAAAUUUUACCUCUUAAAUACCAAAUUUCCAUUUCCUUCAACUUCUUUAAUCCUAAUCUUUAAUCUUAGUCUAUCUAUAAACUUUGAGUCCUGUACAGCUGGAAACCACUUAUUUUUAAUCCAACAUCACUCUAACAUUCUUUAAUUUUGCAGUGUUUCUGUAGAUAAUCUUUGAAUUUCUUCCAGUCUUCCUCCACCGACUCUUCUCCCUGGUCACAGAUUCUGCCAGUCAUUUCCGCCAGUUCCAUAUAGCCCAUCAGUUUCAUCUGCCAUUCCUCCAGCGUGGGAAGUUCUUGUGUCUUCCAAUACUUUGCGAUGAGUAUUCUUGCUGCUGUUGUUGCAUACAUAAAGAAAGUUCUAUCCUUUUUUAUCACCAUUUGGCCGACCAUGCCCAGGAGAAAGGCCUCUGGUUUCUUAGGGAAGGUAUAUUUAAAUACCUUUUUUAAUUCAUUAUAUAUCAUUUCCCAGAAAGCCUAAAUCUUUGGGCACGUCCACCAAAGGUGAAAGAAUGUACCUUCAGUUUCUUUACAUUUCCAACAUUUGUUAUCGGGCAAAUGAUAGAUUUUUGCAAGCUUGACCGGGGUUAUGUACCACCUGUAUAUCAUUUUCAUAAUAUUCUCUCUUAAGGCAUUACAUGCCGUAAAUUUCAUACCAGUGGUCCACAACUGUUCCCAGUCAGCGAACAUAAUGUUAUGUCCGACGUCUUGUGCCCAUUUAAUCAUAGCCGAUUUUACCGUUUCAUCCUGAGUGUUCCAUUUCAGCAGCAAGUUAUACAUUUGAGAGAUUUUUCUUUCUUGGGCUCCAUGAUCACUGCAGAUGGUGACAGCAGUCACGAAAUUAAAAGAUGCCUGCUUCUUGGGAGAAAAGCAAUGACAAACAUAGACAGCAUCUUAAAAAGUAGAGACAUCACCUUGCCGACAAAGGUCCGUAAAGUUAAAGCUAUGGUUUUCCCAGUAGUGAUGUAUGGACGUGAGAGUUGGACCAUAAAGAAGGCUGAUUGCCGAAAAAUUGAUGCUUUUGAAUUAUGGUGCUGGAGGAGACUCUUGAGAGUCCCAUGGACUGCAAGAAGAUCAAACCUAUCCAUUCUUAAGGAAAUCAGCCCUGAGUGCUCACUGGAAGGACAGAUCCUGAAGCUGAGGCUCCAAUACCUUGGCCACCUCAUGAGAAGAGAAGACACCCUGGAAAAGACCCUGAUGUUGGGAAAUAUUUAGGGCACAAGGAGAAGGGAACGACAGAGGACGAGAUGGUUGGACAGUGUUCUCAAAGCUACCAAUAUGAGUUUGACCAAACUGCAGGAGGCAGUGGAAGACAGGAGUGCCCGGCGUGCUCUGGUCCAUGGAGUCACGAAGAGGUGGACACAACUAAACGACUAAACAACAACAUCCAUGGCUUAACCCUUUCUCUACGUUGCCUCUCGGUUUUUGUUCUUGUUUGUCAGAUCUUAUCCUUCCUGAGGUCUGAAUUAUCUAGUGCUUAUGUAAUUAUGCAAUUCAGCUUCUGUACAAAAUGCUUGAUUAACCUGGAGGUAGGCUGUAUGAAUUGUGUAUUGAUUUGUAAUGAUUUGUUGGGUCUCUGGACCGUAAUAAAGAUUGAUUGAUUGAUUGAUUGAUUGAUAUUAAGGUCAGCAGGAAUUCUGUAUGGAGAUGAAAUGCAGAGUAUGCAGUUGAAAUGAACACUGUGCAUUGAAAAGCAGCAGCAGGGGAACAGAAUAGAAUCAAGGUCCUUUGGCAAAACAGCUCCGAAGCUAUUUCACACAGUGACUUAUGUCAGUUGGCAUUAGAGUCCAUGUGGCUAAAACCACUGAAAUGUAAGAAUCUUAGAAGAUUUAAUGUUUUGUGAAGGUCUUAGGGUCCUGAAUCCACUGAAGCUAUAUGCUCUGGGAAAAUGUGAUGUGGGGAUUUUUAAGUGUCCUUAAUGUAGUUUAUCUCUAAGGGGGAUAGUGUAAAUCAGCAGUUACAGAUACAAGUAGUUCUGUGAGUAGUAGUGCCAGAAAGGGCUCAACAACUCAGCCAAAAGUUAGUCUCCUGGAUCGCCAGACAGCCUUUCCUCCUCUAGACAGAAUUUCUAAUUCCCCUCUAUCAUUGCUUUCACUGAAAGAGUAAGGAGGGUAGGAAUGUCCCUUGGGUCUUAUCAUCAUCUUCCUGUUCAAGGCAGAGUGAAAGGUAAAAGGUAAAGGGACCCUGACAGUUAAGUUCAGUCGCAAACGACUCUGGGGUUGCAGCGCUAACCUCACUUUUACAGGCUGAGGGAGCCGGCAUUUGUCUGCUUCCACAGACAGUUUUUCCGGGUCAUGUGGUCAGCAUGACUAAGCUGUUUACCUUCCCACUGGAGCGGUACUUAUUUAUCUACUUGCACUGCAUGCUUUCGAACUGCUAGGUUGGCAGGAGCUGGGACCGAACGGUGGGAGCUCACCCCGUCGCGGGGCCUCAAACUGCCAACCUUCUGAUUGGCAAGUCCAACAGGCACAGUGGUUUAAACCACAACGCCACCCGCGUCCCUUGAAUGAAAGGUAGAAACACAUUAUUUCUUGUGGAUGUUUUAAGAGGGGGAAAAUGCACGCCAGCUGACGUUACGUCGAAAUAAUCAGAGAGAUGGCUCUCUAUUUGUAAUCCUAUUAACUUUCUUAGGUAUGUAGACAAAGGAUGGAAUGAAUCCUACUGCAAAAGAUCUCUCACUUUCCCAGAUGAGUGCAAAAGUUUGCAGAGUGCAAAAGUUAAUUGCAGCCUUGCUUUUCUGUAAAUUAAUUACUAAAUUAUUUCUGUAAAUUUCUAAAUUAAUUCUGUAAAUUACUAAAUUAAUUCAGGCCUAUCUGUAUGCUCUUGCAAGUAUGACUUCAAUUCUCUUUUGAUAAAAGCAAAAACAACCGUGUCCCCUGUUAUUUUACAGGCGAUGUUGCCAUGGGCAUAUUGGAGAGGAUUCCCCUGGAGAAAGCCUUCAGAAUCCCUAAUGCUUGCAUGACCCAAAGCGACUUUACGUAUGAGUAUUGGAGAACUGUUAGUCACAAGUUCCCCGCCUUUCUCUAUGAUUUGUAUUUAAGGCUAACUGGAAGGAAGCCAAGGUGAGGGAAAACUGCUAAAUGGUUAAACAGGCAGUGACCAUUUUAGGUGCAUCUAAUAUGUGUGCAGCCAUGACCAUGUGCAUCGCAUCGAACCUGGAAGCGACAUGAAAACGUCACAAAAAGGGGCGGGACUGGGCAGGGCUGAAUGGGUUGUUUGCAGGGUUUUCUAAUGCCAUUUCAAAUAUAUGCAAUUUCACUUAAAUGUGUGGUGCCUUGGAACAUAACCCCUGUACGGGCAACAACCAAUUGGUGUUUGACCAUGAACACAAGCAUUGCAGCAACCCAGAAGUGGCCAGGAAACAAAGUGUGUGGGGGGGGUAACGGGCAGCCCAUUCCCCAAACGGCCAUUGCCUGUAUUGUCAAGCACUGUAGGGAAUUUGACUGCUAUGUACAUGAACGAAAAGAAAAAAGCAACCUUGUUGUCUGUUGUUCUUUCUUUAUUGCUGUUAAUGAGUUCAGCACUGAAGCAACAGUGGAAACACCCAGAGAGGGCGUGAGUAGGAUCUAGACAGCUUGUUCUGGUCAUUACAUCUACAAGUGUGUGUGUGUGUGUGUGUGUGUGUGUGUGUGUGUGUGUGGAAAGAGCAGCAAGGAAAAUGUUGCACCAGUUUAUAGAGAUUUGUCAAGAUUAUCUUGGAAAACAUAACUAUUAAAAAUAAUAGGCAGUUUCUAAAUUGAAGAGUGGGUUACAGUUGAAAAAUCCUUAAAGUGGAUUUUUUAAGCUUGUUCAAAUUUUGUGUCUGCACUCAGUGUUACAAGCAGAUAUGCUGAAGACAUUGAUUUCAAUAGAAUUUUAGUAAAUGUUGUCUGUAGUCACGAGGACCCAAAGAACUAUUUUUAUACUCAAAAUCUUGGGUUUCCCUGUAGGAUUUUUUUCACUCCCUACCUUCUCAAACUGCAUUCAGAAGUUCUCUCCACUUAAGAAGAGGGUUGCCAUUUUGCAUGGAGGCAAAACCAAAGUUCAACGAUUUCUUAAGUGCACAUAAUUAGUUGCACUGCUCUUUGGAUCCUGGCCAUAGCUCAUAUUCCAACACAAAAGUUGUGCACACUGAUUUAAUUUCUAUGGGCUUAAAGAUCCUCAACUCUGUGUUGAAUUGUAUCCUACAUUUUUAGUAUUAAAGGUGAACAAAAUUGACACUGCUAGAAACUUUGCUAACAGAAAAUGUAAAUCAAACCUUUAACAAUGCAAAAAAUUUUUUUGAAAAAAACACAAACCUGAAAAAUAGUUCCAUAUUAGUUGUCCACCCUCUUGAUGGGCAAGAAAACGUUUGUGAAAGUUCAGCCGGAUUUCAGAUUGCACUCAAAUCCCUGGGUAAAGAUCAGUUUUUUGUAGCUCUUGCUUAUGGUCUUUUCCUGCUGGCUCAUGUUCUCUUUGGCUGCUGCAUCUUCCAACCUUUCUGUCUCUUCUCCCUCUUCUUUGACCUGUUCAUUUCCCAGGCCCAACCCCUUUGUGUUUUCUUUUCCCAUUCCUCUGUAACAUUGGAGCAGCUCAGCCAAUCACUGGCAGUGAUAGCCACCUCAAAAAUCUCUAGCUGCAUUACAAUUGUUGUCAUGUCCGCCUCUUUGUGACCCCAUGGACCAGAGCACACCAGGCACUCCUGUCUUUCACUGCCUCCCACAGUUUGGUCAAACUCAUGUUGGUAGCUUUGAGAACACUUGUCCAACCAUCUCUUCCUCUGUCGUCCCCUUCUCCUUCAGGGUCUUUUCCAGGGUGUCUUCUCUUCUCAUGAGGUGGCCAAAGUAUUGGAGCCUCAGCUUCAGGAUUUGUCCUUCCAAUGAGCACUCAUGGAUAGGUUUGAUCUUCUUGCAGUCAAGAGUCUCCUCCAGCACCAUAAUUCAAAAGCAUCAAUUCUUCGGCGAUCAGCCUUCUUUAAGGUCCAGCUCUCACUGCCAUACAUCACUACACAUACCAUAACUGCUGCCAGAGGAAAACUGAAGGCAAGUUAAGAAUGGAAGGCCUGCCAGUCUGAUAGUUGGUUUCUUCAAAGAAUAUUUAAGAGGCUGCAGAAUGCGUGAAUAAACUCAUUCCCUGUGCUUCUGAUAAUCAUUUUCAAAAUUUAUUUCAAGUGCAAGCUUUGAUCUGGAGCAGGCUUUGAUCUGGAGUAGCCGAUCUCUUCAGAGGGCUUUACAUUCUUGUAUGGCUAUGUGGAUUGUGAACCAACUGUGGUAAUCCCAUCCAUUUUGGAUGGGAUCUCUGUUCUGUCUUUCAGAAUGAUGAAGAUGUACAACCGCCUCCACGAGUACAUGAUGCUCUUUGAUUUCUUUUCCAGCCGUUCCUGGGAAUGGAAAUCAGACAAUAUGAACAUGUUACUGAACCAACUUAGUCCAAAAGAUAAGAAAGUAAGCAUUGUUCUAAUCCAAAAUAUCUUUACAGAUUCCCAUCAAGGUAACAAUUGUUUCCUGUGGCCUAAAAGAAAAACUUCAAAUUUCUAGUAAGUAUGCCCCCAAAUUCCACUACAACCAAAAUCUUGGUUGGUUUCAGGAUGGGUUGGAUUGAUUUUCAAAACAAUGAUUUGACCAUUUUUUAUUGAAUCCAUCAUUGGUACAGAAAUAACAGGUGACGCCUAGGAUAGUUUAUGAACAACAUGCUUGCCUUUCUGGCUAUGCUUGGAGGCUGUGGGGAUACAUGGUUCAUGCAGUCUAGAUUUUUUUUAAAAAAAAUAAUUUUUAUUAAGGUUUUAAACAACAAAGAAAGAGGAAAAAAAACAUACACAAUACAUAUACCAGCAACACACACAAAAAACAACACAAAAUUCAACAAUAAAAAAAACAAAAAACAUAACAAUUAAAAACAAUAUCUCUUUUCCAUUUCCAUUUUUAAGUUACUUAUUUUCUGGACUUCCUCAUACCUCCCUCUUUUGUAUUCCAAUCCAAAUUAUUUGUCUUUUCCACUUUUUUAAUCCCAAUCUUUAGUUUGAUAAAAUAUUAAAAUAUAUAACUUCAACUUCUUUAAACCUAAUCCUUGGUCUUAAUAUCAUAUACCAUUAAAAUUUUCCCUCUUAAUAUCAAAUUUCCAUUUCUUUAAACAUCUUUAAUCUUAAUGUUUAAUCUUAGUCUAUCAUUAACUUUAACCUGUACAGCUGGAAACCACUUGUUUUCAGUCCAACAUCACUCUAACAUUCCUUAAUUUUACAGUGUUUCUGAAGAUAGUCUUUGAAUUUCUUCCAAUCUUCCUCCAUCGACUCUUCUCCCUGGUCACGGAUUCUACCAGUCAUUUCCGCCAAUUCCAUAUAGUCCAUAAGUUUCAUCUGCCAUUCCUCCAGCGUGGGAAGUUCUUGUGUCUUCCAAUACUUUACUUCUUGCUGCUGUUGUUGCAUACAUAAAGAAAGUUCUAUCCUUUUUUAACACCAUUUGGCCGACUAUGCCCAGGAGAAAGGCCUCUGGUUUCUUAGGGAAGGUAUACUUAAAUACCUUUUUAAAUUCAUUAUAUAUCAUUUCCCAGAAAGCCUUAAUCUUUGGGCACGUCCACCAAAGGUGAAAAAUGUACCUUCAGUUUCUUUACAUUUCCAACAUUUGUUAUCGGGCAAGUGAUAGAUUUUCGCAAGCUUGACUGGGGUUAUGUACCACCUGUAUAUCAUUUUCAUAAUAUUCUCUCUUAAGGCAUUACAUGCUGUAAAUUUCAUACCUGUGGUCCAUAACUGUUCCCAGUCAGCAAACAUAAUGUUAUGUCCAACGUCCUGUGCCCAUUUAAUCAUAGCCGAUUUUACCGUUUCAUCCUGAGUAUUCCAUUUCAGCAGCAAGUUAUACAUUCUUGACAAAUUCUUAGUUUUGGGUUCUAACAAUUCUGUUUCUAAUUUGGAUCUUUCCACCUGGAAGCCAAUUUUCCUGUCCAAUUUAAAUGCCUCCAUUAUCUGAUAAUAAUGAAGCCAGUCUCGCACUUUGUUUUUUAGUUUUUCAAAACUCUGCAAUUUCAGUCUAUCUCCGUCUUGUUCCACAUGCAGUCUAGAUUUUGGGGUGAACCAGAACCAACUUGGAUCUGAGCAAUACAAUCUGGACUUGAAAUAAGAAAUUCAAACUUGAUACUGCUGGUAUCAAGUGUCACCCACAUUUUCCUGUGAGUAAGCACUAUUGAGCACAGUGCAUGCAUAGGAUUGUGCUGUUAAUCUGCCACUUGCCCAGGCCAUGGUUGGGGAAGAAAAAUCAUGUGUCCAUGUGAUAUGUAUGUAUGUCCAGCUCACAAAAUCGGGGGAUAACCAUAUGUUGUGUAGAUGAGUUGUCUUCAUUUUUGCAGCAGUCACGUUUAUUGCCACCUAUGCCAGUGAUGGCGAACCUUUUAGAGACUGAGUACCCAAACUGCAACCCAAAGCCCACUUUGGCACAAAGUGCCAACAUGGCAAUUUCACCUGUAUAUCUCAUUUUUUCUGUGGGUUUCAUUUUUCUUCUUAAUGACUUCUGUAAUAAAUAAUCCUUCAUGAAAGUUAUUGCAUUACCUUCUUCAUUAAAUUAUCUUUCCAUUGAUAUAUAAUUUUAUGGUAUAACUCAGUGCUUUUUUUCUCCAUUCAGUUCCUUUCUCUCUUAAGCCACCCCCUUCUAUUUAUUUAUUUAUUUAUUCAUUUAUUGAAUUUGCAUACCGCCCUUCAUGUGCAGGUCUCAGGGCAGUUCAAACAUAAAAAUACAAGACAAAAAACACAAAAUACAUAAUGAAAACAAGAAUAAACCAAUAACCCUCCUCCCUUCCAAUACUUAUUCCAUAUGUAAACAUCUACAUUCACAAGAUAAAAGGAUCACCCUUCUGCCUGCCAACAAUUAAGCACCUGUUUGUUGCAAAAUGCAACCUGCACAAGUGUGUUUACAUGCACCCCUAUCAGUCCCACGGGAAGUCCGCUGGCUGAAGUCCUGUUGAUCCACACCGCAGUGUUGCCCACCAUGUUGCUCUUAAUUCCCUUGCCUACACCUCGCCCCCUUUGAGUCCCUGCCCGGCCUCCCUCUUCCUUAUUCUGCACACCCUUACUUGGGAGUAAACCCCGCCAACCUCAGCAACGCUUCCUUCCUGAGAAAGCCCCCACGCGCAAAUUCCCACACCAGAUUUAUCGUAGGUGUUUUGUCACUUUUCCAGUUUCUUGCAAUCAAGAUCCUGGCUGCCACUGUCGUAUACAUGAAAUUUAUCUAAUUUCUUUUUUAAUUUCUGAUGUCAUUAUACCUAGAAGGUUUCAGGUUUUUUCUUAAAUGAGAACUUAAAUAACUUUUUUAAUUCAUUGUAGAUAUUAUUCCAAAAUUCCUUAAUGGCUGUGCAUUCCCACCACAUGUGUAUAUAUUACCCUAUACCAUCUUUACACCUCCAACAAGUUGGUGGUCUAUUUUUAUACAUCUUUGUGAGUUUUGCUGGAGUGUGGUGCCAUCUGUAUUGCAUUUUCAUAAUAUUUUCUCUAAGGUUAUAAAGGUAAAGGUAUCCCUGACCGUUAGGUCCAGUCACAGACGACUCUGGGCUUGCGCGCUCAUCUUGCUCUAUAGGCUGAGGGAGCCAGCGUUUGUCCGAGACAGUUUUUCCAGGUCAUGUGACCAGCAUGAUGAACCAGAGCAGCGCACGGAAACGUGGUUUACCUUCCCACCAGAGCGGUACCUACUUAUCUACUUGCACGUCAACGUGCUUUUGAACUGCUAGGUUGGCAGGAGCUGGGACCGAACAACAGGAGCUGGGACUGAACAACAGGAGCUCACCCGUCACGGGGAUUCGAACCAGCGACCUUCCCAUUGGCAAGUCCAAGUGUUAUAACUCUAAGGUUAUAACACGCCAUAAAUUUAAUAUCCCCCCUCCACAGUUUCUCCCAUUGAUCCAUAUAGAUGUUAUAUCCUAGCUCUUGCGCCCAUUUCACCAUUGACACUUUCACCAGUUCCUCUUUCACCUCCCAUUCUAAGAGGAGGUUAUAAAUUCUUGAAAUGUAUUUUCUUUUAAAUUGGAUUAAUUCUUUUUCAAAUCUAGAUGGUUCCUUUGCAAGACCUUCCUUUUUAUCUAAACUCAAUCUUUUGUUUAUCUGAAAAUAUUGUAGCCAGUCGACAGAAGGUGUCUUCUGAUUUCUUCAAAUUAUUUUAAUUUGAUGUUAUCAUUAAUUUCUUUUAUUUACAUUAACUAUUAACUGUGUAUGUGGCCCAGUCUCCUUGCAUAUUUUUCUUUUUAAUAGCCAGGGCUUCUGUCGGUGAGGUCCAUAGGGGAAUCUUUGGUUCUAAUAUUCCUUUAUAUUUUAUCCAGAUUUUGUAUAAUGAUUUGUUUAUAAUAUGAUUUAAAAAUCCCUCACCUUUUCAUAAAUUAGAUACGCAUGCCAACCGUAUCGAUUGUCAAAACCCCCUAGGUCUAGCACAUCUGUAUCUCUUAAAGUGAUCCAAUCUUUUAUCCAUACCAGUCCGGCAGCAGCAUGAUAGAGUUCUAGCUCUAGUAGGGCAAAGGCCCCCCCCCUCCCUUUGAUGCUUAAUUCUUGGUUUUCUUCCAUUCCAUAUAAAUCUCCAGCUUUUAAAGCAUUUCAUUCCUCCCAAUAUUGGAAUGGUUUGGAACAGCAAAAUCAUUUUUGGUAAAAUGUUCAUUUUUACUGAAAUCCUGCCCCAAAGGGAGAGGUGUAAUUUGUUCCAAAUUUCCAUUAUUAUUAUUUUUAAUCUCAUGCCAAGUUUUUAUAUAGUUAUCCUGGUACAAAUUGAUGCAUUUUAUCGAUAUCCAAAUUCCCAAAUAUUUUACUUUAUUUUUAAUCUCUAAAGCUGUAAUUUUUUGUAAGUCCUUUAUCUCCUCAGAUCUCAUAUUUUUAACUAAUAAGUUAGUUUUUUUAAAGUUUCUGCCAAGCUUCCGAAUUUGUUAAUGUUUUCUCUACUUUGUUGAGGGUUUUCAGUUGUUACUAUGAAAUCAUCUGCAAAUGCUCUGAUUUUGUGGGAAAAAACAUGCAAAUUCCCAUACCAGAUUUCUUGGAUUAUUAUUUUUUAUUAUUAUUAUUUUUGCACUGAAGUCACCUCCCUUUGUCAGGGGAGGUCACCGCUUUGACAGCGGCGCAUGGUGGGGCGACUGGGCACGUGCCCACAGAGAGGGCUCUGAGUGCCAUCUCUGGCACACGUGCCACAGGUUCACCACCACUGCCCUGUGCCAUGCCAGCCUCGCUUACUUGCAGGAACCUAUAAAAGCUCAGGCCUUUUUUAACCCCUUAUCUGAUUGCACCACUUGCUCAAGCCAAGCAAAUAACGUGACAUUUGUUGUUUUUUCCCCCCUAAUUCCAGUUGUUCUUAUUUGAUGUCCGCCAGUUGAAUUGGUCAGCAUACAUAGAAUAUUUCUGUCUAGGAGCUAAGAUGCAUGUGCUGAAUGAAGAUUUGGCUGGCAUUCCUGCAGCAAAGGAGCAUUUACGAAAGUAAGGCAUUCAUGUAUACUUUUAGUAUACAGAACAGGACAUUUUACUCACAGAGUAAAAUUCCAUUUGAAAUAGCUAGAAGUAUUUGAGAUAUUGCAAAUGGUUCUUUGCUAAAAGUUUUUUUUUGUUUUGUUUUUUGAACUUGUGGAUCCCCCCCCAAAAAACACAAUUAAAUCAAAUUAAGUUGAAGAAAAAUACAGUCUGAAAUUUUGAUGCCAACAAUGUUUCGUUUCUGGGAGCAACCUGAAAAAUGUAGCUGAUCUACUUGCUGCACUAUUUGCCACUCUCUCUCUUUCUCUCUUUCUCUCUCAUCAAGUCUAUGACUACUUAUUUUGCAAAACAUAAACAUAACCCAUAAUGCAUGCAAGAAGUUAUGUUUAUGUUAUCCAGUUGGAGGCAUCUUGGUUAUUGACAGCUCAUUUCACUUUUAUAAAAUAAAUUAAGAGUGGUGUUUUUUUAUGUAUACUAUAAACAAGUUUUGCAGCCUUAAUCUUUUAUUCCAUCUUAUUGCAAAGCUUCUGUUUUGCUUCUUAUUGCUUCUGUUUUUGUUCCCUAAAUCUAAUUUAGUGAGUCAAUUAGGCCAUUGCAGCAAAUUCUCAAAGUCUCUCCAUUGGAAAUUUCAUAGAUGGGGCACCAGUCAGCUUCCACAUCUUUGCAAAGAGUAUUCUGGCUGCAGCCAGCAUACAAGAUGCCAUCUCUUUAUGUACUGAUUUCACCAACUAUUCCACAUAAAUUAGUAGAGAAAACACUGGGUGGAGGGGGAUUUCAUACCCUCAGAUCAUUUUAAUGUGACAUUUUAUUUCUGUCAGUAUUGAAUUGUCUUAUCACAGUUCUACCACAUGUGAAAUGGCUCCCUGUGUACUUUUAGACAUUUGCAAUAUGUGGUUGGGGGUUGUUUUAUUCAUUUUUUUUGUAUCUGGAAUGAUAUACACCUACUCGCAAUUUUAAAGCAAUUUCUCCUUAUUCCCAUAUGUAAGGGAAAUCUGUGAGCAUUUUUCCAGAUAUUUUCCUAGAUAUUCAACAAUACCUUUCCCCCAAUAUUUUCAGCCAAUUUUUACUUUCACUUCCUCUGGUUUUGUAUCAUAUUUGUUAAGUAGCUACCAAUGUGUGUUUCUUCCUCAGUUAUUUCUCUUAUAUGUAAGGUAUUUUUCAACACAAGAUUGAACUUGAGAGAACUUAAACCAAAGAGAAUUUUUUUCCUUGCAACUCAGCCUGGACUGCUGUGAUCAUAGUGCCCUGAAGAACUUCUUUUGAAAAGGCUGCUCCCUUCUCCCAAACAUGGUAUCAUUUGAAACCUGUGAUAGUUUAGUAUUUGCUAAAAAAAUUCACUCUCUUUUACUUCCCUGGUUUAUUUGUUGCAUAUAAUUUAUAGGAUUUGUUUGAAGUUUUAUCUAAGAUUUCCUUUCUCAUAGGGGAGCAAUAUUCUUUGCGUUGCUAGGCUAAUAAUUUACCAACCUGUUACCCCAUUUGAAAGUAUUCUGUUUGCUUGCUUUGGUUGUUGGUGUAGUUAAUUUUUUAUAUCUAUGUGCAUCCAUACAGUCUAAUUGUUGUUCUUUCCUAAAAGAUUUUUAACAUUCUUUUUCUUUUUUGUAAAAGCUUUGUUUCUCUGUUCUUUCUGCCAGGCUAAGAAACAUUCAAUAUGUCAUCAACACCACCCUGAUUGUGUUCAUCUGGCGCGUAUUUAUUGCAAGGUCGCAAAUGGCACAAAACAUGUGGUACUUUGUGGUACAGCUCUGCUACAAGUUCCUUAGCUACUUUAGAGUUUCCAGCACCCUCAGGCAUUGAACAUACCUGUCUGGUUAUUGACUACCAGCUCUUGGAAGGACCUCCAGUCAACAAUUGUGUGUGUGUUUGAGCUUCAAAGCAGCAGAGUAUCUCUCAGCUGCUGUGUCAUUCAACAUAUUUCAUUAAAUACUCAUAGCUUAUUUUUUUCCUAAUAAACCACCAUCUUAUGUCUCUAGGUCUACCAGGCUACAUAUCAAAGCCAUAACUAAAUAUUUGGACACAGGUCAUUUUAGAGCACUUACCCCUGCUGAAGGGAUGUAGAUUACCAAAGCUGCCCUAUUUCACCUCGGAUACAAAACACUAUUUAAUAACCCUCAGUCUCAUCUCUUCCUAUGCCCCAAAUGAAAUGUGAAAAUAUCUGAUAAAACAAGAAAUAGCUGACUAAGUGGAGGUAUAUUUUUCAAAACCCUUAAUUGAGAGCAAUUGGGGUUUAAAUGUUUUGCUUUUGCAUGGGGCUGCCUCACUUCAAAGAUAAACAAGAGAAAAUAAAAUCAGCAUGAGAGUGGUGGAAGGUUUCAGAUUUUUCUCUCUUCUCAUGGCACACAGAUUUCAGUACACUUUUUAAAAUGCAUGUCUUUCCCACAGACUUAACUGGUUUUAUACAUUUCUUCUUUUCCACGGGGAACACUGCAAAUUGUAUUAAGAUGAAAAACUAUGGGCCCCUAAACCACAAAAUGCCCAACAUACUACAAUUUCAAUGAUAUUUUUUUUCAUUUUUAUGCCGUGAAAUGAUGCAUGUCUAAAAAGUAUGUCAUUUUACUUUUUUUCUUUUUUCUUGUGCAGAAACCACCAUAGUUAAGCUGAUAUAUUUGAUAUUUCAGAUAUAUUUGAAGCAUAAAUCAUCUCCAAUUCAUCACAAAGUUCAAGGGCCUUCCCUGUCCUGACGAUCAUUUAUAUGGACAGUAACAAUUUGCAAACAUUCCUUUUGGG